GAUUCUAGUUCAAUAAUACAAUGACAAUAAGGAAAAAUCCAAUUUUAAUUAACAAGAUGUAUUUGGGUUGAAAUUGAGGAGUUAUUGUGAGAAAUUGAAGUAAAACAUGCUCAUUGUAGAGUAGUGCAAGGAUUGGUGACCUACAGGAAAGUCACUAAGAUAUGAUUCCUUCUGCUACUGAGACUCAUGAUGCUACUGUUCCUAAACCAGGUAACCCUGCUGCUUCUUACGUUAGGCACCCAAAAACAAAAUCGUGGCGAGUGACCCAAAGUGGACGAUAUCUUGGUCAGGAUAGGAUAAGGAUACUAUCUAUGCAUCCCUCUUGGGAGAUGGUGGGACAAACCUCAAUGAGGACAUUGAGUCCCAACGAAGGGCUAUGUAACACUUUAGGAAAAUCCUACAUCGACAAAGCAUGAGAAAUUCAUGAUUCAUAAGGAAUAAUCCAACCUUAACUGACAAGACGCGUUUUGGGUGAAAUGAAAGAGUUAUUAUGAUACUCUGAAGCUAAGUGUGUUCAUUGUGGAGUAGUGCACUAAUUGGUAACCUAUAGGGAAGUCACUAUGAUACGCACCCAAAAGCAAAAUUGUGUCGCGUAGACUCAAAGCGGAAAAUAUCUUGGUCAUAAAAGGAUCGUGAUGUUAAAAGUGGUAUUAGAGCCUCUCUGCGUCCCUCUUGGGCGUUGGUUGUGCAAACCUCAACGAGGACUGAGUCCCAAAGAGGGGGCAUAUGUAACACCUUAAAAAAAUCCUAUAUCAACAAAGCACGAGAGAGAUCCAUGAUUCACAAGGAACAAUCCAACCUUAACUGACAAUAAAUAUUUUUGGGGUGAACUAGAGGAGUUCUUAGGUUCGUAUGUAUUGUGGUUUGGUGUCCUCGCAUGAGGAUAUGCUACGCUGUUCGUGAAAGAUCAAUCUACCGCCAUGGAAGAUUCAUUAAUUAACGACGUGUCUGCACUCUGAAGUCAAACUUGCUCAAUGUGUAGCGGUGCAAAGACUGGUGACCUGUACGGAAGUCACUACGCUAUGCACCCAAAAGAAAAAAUCGUUUCAGGAAGACUUAAAGUGGACAAUAUCUUGAUCAUAAAGAGUCGGGAUGUUAAAAGUGGUAUCAUAGCCUGUCUGUAUCUAUAUUUGGCCAAUUGUGGGGGCAUAUCUUAACGAGAACAUUGAGCCCCAGGUGGUGUAUGUAACAACUUAAUCAAAUCUUACCCUUACAAAGCUUGAGACAAAUUCAUGAUUCAUAAAGAACAAUCCAACCUUAAUUGACCAUACGUGUUUUGAAUAAAAUUGAAUUCAUACGAGAAGUCCGAAGUCAAACAUGCUUGACGUGGAACAAUGUAAAUGAUAUAUGACCUCAAUGAUAUGCAUACAUACAAAAAUAAAAUUCUACCGAGUAAACUCAAAUCGAACAAUAUCUUAAUAAAAAAAAUAGUUUGAAUGCCACAAUUUAGCUCAAAUUCACUCCAAAUAAAAUCCGAAAUGUACACAAAUGUCCAAAACAACUCCCCGUUUCCUUUUCCCUUCCUUUCCUGUGCUCCUGCAUCUUAUCCUCCUUCGCCUCGCCCUGCCCCCCGCACUUCUAAAUUCCACCCACCACUUCCUCCUCACAAUUCAGCACUUUAAUUUCCAUUUUUUUUUUACUUCCCUCCUCCCCAAACAAAAAAAAUCAAAUUCCCCUUCCUCCUCCCUCCGCCGCCGUCGAAUGACAGAUUACCGCCUCCCCUCCGCCGCGACCAUGAACCUCUGGACCGACGACAACGCCUCCGUCAUGGAUGCCUUCAUGAAUUCCGAUCUCUCCGCACUCUGGCCGCCGGUCCCUCCGCCACCUCACCACUCCUCCUCCACCUCCACUUCCACCCCCGCCGCCGAUCCCGUCAAAUCUCACCACCACAGCCAGCCUCCCCCGCCGACGCCCUCCCUACCGCCGCCGCUCUUCAAUCAGGAAACCCUCCAGCAGCGCCUCCAGGCGCUCAUCGAUGGCGCCAGGGAGAACUGGACCUACGCCAUCUUCUGGCAAUCGUCCUACGAUUUCUCCGGCGCUUCCGUCUUGGGGUGGGGCGACGGGUACUAUAAGGGGGAGGACAAUAAGGGGAAAGGGAAAUUGAGGAAGAAUACCAGCACGGCGGAGCAGGAGCACCGGAAGAAGGUUCUCCGGGAGCUCAAUUCGUUGAUCUCCGGCCCCAACGCCGCCUCCGCCGACGACGCGGUGGACGAGGAAGUUACGGAUACCGAGUGGUUCUUCUUGGUCUCCAUGACCCAGUCGUUUGUGAACGGGGUCGGGUUGCCGGGUCAGGCUUUCUUCAACGGGUCUCCGGCCUGGUUGGUCGGGUCGGAUCGUAUGGCUGCGGCUCCCUGCGACCGGGCCAAGCAGGGACAAGUGUUCGGCCUCCAAACAAUCGUCUGCAUCCCGUCGGCCAACGGCGUCGUCGAGCUCGGGUCGACGGACCCGAUUUACCAGAGCUCGGAUCUGAUGAAUAAGGUUAGGGUUUUGUUCAAUUUCAGUGGCAGCAGCGGCGGGAUCGAAAGUUCCUGGGCUCCGCCGCCGCCGACGCCGUCGAAUCCCGACCAGGGGGAGAACGACCCGUCUUCGCUCUGGAUCACCGACCCGGAAAUGAAGGACGGUGGUGGAACCAACUGCAACAACAACAAGAGCUCCUCCGCCGUAGCGGCCACCGUUGCUCCGUCGUCCAGCGGCGGGAACCCUAAUCACCACCCCCACAACAAUUCUUACCCUAGCUCAAGCGGCUUGACGGAGAAUCCUAAAGGAAUCCAUAAUCAGAACCAGAACCAGACGCACAGCUUCUUCACACGCGAAUUGAACUUCAGCGAGUACGAAGGAAUUGGGGGAAACAACAGCAAUCGUAAUGGGAAUUCGAUUCUGAAACCGGAAUCCGGCGAGAUUCUGAAUUUCGGAGACAGCAAGAGGACCACAUCAAGCGGGGGAAAUGGAAAUAUGUUCUCCGGCAGUCAUGGCCAUCCUCCGCAGCUGGAAGAGAGCAACAACAAGAAGAAGAGAUCCCCGACUUCCAGAGGAAGCAUCGAUGAAGGGAUGCUCUCAUUCACUUCCGGCGUAAUCCUGCCUUCCUCUGGCACAGCCAAAUCCACUGCCGCUGCAGACUCCGACCACUCCGACCUGGAAGCAUCCGUGGUCAAAGAAGUCGACUCCAGCCGAAUCGUGGAGCCCGAAAAGCGACCUAGAAAGCGAGGGAGGAAACCAGCCAACGGCAGAGAAGAGCCAUUGAACCACGUCGAAGCAGAGAGGCAAAGGCGUGAGAAGCUGAACCAGAGAUUCUAUGCUCUAAGAGCAGUAGUCCCCAACGUCUCUAAAAUGGACAAAGCUUCCCUCUUGGGAGACGCCAUUUCCUACAUCAAGGAGCUCCGACUGAAGCUCCAGACCACAGAAUCCGAGAAAGACGAGCUCCAGAAGCAGGUCGAGUCAUUCAGGGACGAAUCGUCGUCACAUCAUCAGCAGCCACCACCACCCGAGAACCACGACCUCAAGGCAUCGAACUCGUCCAGCACUAACAACUCGCAAAUCGAGAUGGAGAUCGAAGUGAAGAUAAUCGGAUGGGAUGCAAUGAUAAGGAUACAAUGCAGCAAGAGGAACCAUCCAGCAGCUAGACUAAUGGCUGCUUUACAAGAGCUGGAUCUCGACGUCCACCAUGCCAGUGUCUCCGUGGUGAAUGAGUUAAUGAUCCAGCAAGCGACUGUGAAGAUGGGGAGCCGGUUCUAUACCCAGGAGCAGCUCAGGUUAGCUUUGUCUAACAAAGUUGGUGACUUUCGAUAGUGGCAAGUAAGUUAAGCUGCAGCAAACCAGCUGGUUUAUUGCAUGUUCAUUGAGAUUGCACCAGUUUUGGGGACACAAUUUUAUUAGGGCUCCCACAUUUUAGAGCAGAAAUGUAAACUAGUGUUGUCUUUUUUGGCUUAUAUUUGGUCUUAGUGUAACAUUAUUAAGUUUGAGAAUCAGAUAUAAGUUUAGGUUUCGAUUGAGGCAGUAAGUAUUAUGGAUGUAUUAGGGGAUUAUUACUGCUGCUGCUGCUUCCUCUUCUUCCCACUGAAGUGAAGAUGAGAAAAGGGAGACAGGACCAUAUUUUUUUUGCUACAAAAAAAAAAGCUCUGCCUCUGUACCUUUGUCAAAAUAUCGGCUCGUUGAUGUGGUGUAUAUACAGUAAUAAUCAAUCAUAUGUUGUUGU